CCUUUUACGACCAAUUUUUUCCUCUCUGAGCUGGUCGAAUCAAUUAUUCGUUGCAAAUAUGGACGCUCUUUAUUUCAAAGUUGACCACCUUAAGUUAUUAUGGUCAGAAUAUCGUAUUGCAAACGAAAAUGUCGACAGAGAUUACAGUGAUCACUCGGAGUGGGCGCGUAAAAAACUGCAG